UUCAUUGUGGCCCUAUUCCUAUUCAUCCCGAGGCAGUUCCGUGCCAGAUCAUCACUCUCGGCGAUUACCACACGGAUUACUCCUCCUCCGGCUCCAUCCAUGAUCUAAUCUAGCAAGUCACUCCACCGCCCGCCUUUGUAGUCGUCACUCUUCCCGAUCCGUCAGCCAACGCCACCGAUUGGUCAGGCGGCGGCGAUGGCGUCCCGGGACGACGGGUGGGGAGGCGGCGAAGACGGCAGCUCGCUCUUCGAGGGCAUGGUCCUCUUCGCGCCAGAGCCCACCGCCGCCGAGGACUCGGUCCCUGCCCCUGCCCCUGCCCCCGCCCCCGCCGAGGACUCGGUCCCUGUCCCCGCCGCUGUCCCUGAGCUGCCAUCCGCCGCCCGCCACGACGCCGACGCGGCCUCGUCCGUGCCACCACCGCUGGACGAGGAUCUCUUCUCCGAUCUCACCCUCUUCGCCCCGCCGCAGGAGCCGCUCUCGCUGGAGCAGACACCCCCGCCCCUGCUCCCGCAAGGCGAGGAUCGGAGCCACGCGGCACUUGCCCCCGCGCCGCUAGCCCCUACUCCGGGGCUCUCUCGGCAGCCGUCCACCUCGUCGCUGCGCAAGAAGAAGAGGGCCGUGCGCAUCGGGUACGCCCGCUCGCCGCAACCCGCGCCGCCUUCCCCUCCUGCCACGGUUCCCGCCUCCGCAGCUGCUGCUGCGAUCUCCGCUAGUACUAUAGCCUUCCUGGACGCUUCGCCGUAUCCGGCCGCUACUCGUACCCUCGACCAGCUCCCUGAUCGGCAACUCGAUGUCCAUGUCAACGGCUACGAGGCGCACGCGGAGGCGGUGGAUGUUGAUACCAAUUCACCGCAUGUGGUGGAGGCGGUGGAUGUGGAUACCAAUUCGCCGCGUGUGGAGGAGGAGGAGGCAAAGGAGGACGAUGACGGGAAAGAGGAUGAAGAUGCUGGAGUGGCAGCCUUGGGGGUCAAGGAGAGGCUAGGUCUCCUCAGAUCUCAAAUCUCGGGCAAGCUCGACUCCAUCCAGCAGAGGGCUGCUGCUGUGGCUGCCAAGAGGAGGCUUCUGGCUGGCCGGCGGAGGAAGGUGGCGGAGGAGGCGACCUCCGUGGCAUCCAGGCACAAGGAUUUGGAGAGGGAGCUGGAGGUGGCCUGCGAGGCUGAGGACUUUGAGAGGGCAGAGAGUAUCAGCGACUCCCUCGCUGCCCUCGAGAAGGAGAAGGAUGGGCUGUUGACGGCGCUGCGUGAUGCUGAGCUUGACUACGAUUCAGUGGAUUCGGAGUUGCAGGAGGUGCUUGAGUCCCGUAUUGCUGCCGAGGAGGAAGCUGCUAUCCUUCUGGAGCAAUUUGCAAAGGAUGCAAAUGAACAUGCUAUUUCAGAGAGCAAACAAGCACAAGAAUUAUCGUCGAAAGAAAUAGAAGGGUGGCAAACAUCAAUGGAGUUACUAGAAACAAAGAAGUUGGAAAUGGAGGUUGAAACACAGUUGGUUUUAGAAGCACGUUCUGGGUUGGAAGGGUCAAUAGAGCAUUUGGUUGAAGAAGACAAACUAGAGGAAGGUACACUUAGUAUAAAAGGAGAAGUCCUCACCAAGGAGUUAGCUGACCUUCUAGAGUUGGUGAGGUUGAAAGAAGCAGAGAUAGCUGAGAACAAUGCCCGGAUCCAUGAAGUUCAAGAAAGAAUAAGUGCAGUGGUCUCCAGAUUCCAUGGCUCUCAGUCAGAUGUUGAUUUGAAGCUCAAUUCCUUGAAGGAAGCCCAAUGUAAACUGGAUCUAGAGACUGAAGCACUUGUGUUGAAAAAAAAUGAAAUUGAUAAUUUCAUUUCUUUAACAGAGCAAAAAGAUUCAGAGUUGAGGGAAAUUAUUGGUGCUUGUUUCUCUGAAGCAAAAACUUGCCAACAAUCAGUUGAAAUAAGAAGAAAGCUUGCAUCAUCGAUUUUGAAGUCAAGAGAGGAUAGAAUUGGGUUGCUAAAAAUGGAGGAGGAAAUUUUGCAAGACAUUCAAAUGCUUAGGCAAAAAAUUACAGAUGCAAGAACUACUCUUCAGGAGGUAUCUUCAAGGAGAACAAGUAUACAACAAGAAAUGGAUUCAUUUAAGCAGAAAUUGAGCUUCAUUGACAAAAGGGGCCCUGAACUAGAGGCUGAAAAGAAAGUUGCGGCUGCUGCAAGAAACUUUAAGGAAGCAGGAAGGAUAGCUGCAGAGGCAAAAGCUCUUAAUUCCGAAAAGAACGAACUGCGUGGCAAGUUGGAGAAAGCUGCUACUGAUCUAGAGUUAAUAGAAAAGGACAUUGCAGCAACUACAGACAAGAUACAAGAAUGCGAAGGGCUUGUUGUACUGAAAGAAAAGGACUCAGCAUUGACAAGUUACAAAAGACUGCGGUUGGAUUGUGCUGCUGCCAGAGCAGAACUGACUGCUGCAACUGAAAUACAUGAUAAUGAAGAAGUUGAGAUACUACGCAAAGAAGCUGAAACUGCCGAUUCUAAAGCAAUGGAGCUCAAAACAUGCUAUGACCUUCAGGUGGAGGACAAUGACUUCAUGUUUCAGCCUGUAGUUCCUAUAGCAUUCAUAACAAAUUCAACAGGACAGCACUUGGUAGAAAUUGCUUCUUCAUUUGGCCUAUCUCCUCAGAAGUGACAUUGGACAGUGGAUUUGCACACUACCAGGUCUGCCCGUUGCACUGUGAUCCAAGUUGUACCUGUCAUAUUGAGGGGAAGAGCUGUGCUAGUGUGAAACUUUCUCCUUCCAGGAUAUCCUCCUCAACGACCUCUCUUUAAAUCCCAGCAUUUGGAAUCUACUCCAAACUAGAGUAGGAAGGAAGCAUAGGGAUGAUCAAAUGUACAACAUACAUUUUGCAUGCUCUGUAGGAAUUUAGCUUCCCUAUGCAUUUUUUGUGUACAUUAAGACUGUAAUUCUUUUGUUGUGCCAGUUUUGAUUCAAUUGCAGUGACAUGCCAUCAUGGACCAGUAUGUAGACAGAUUUUUGUUUCGAGAAAAAGGAUGUAACCAGAAUAAAAUGUCCAGGAAUGGAACUCCUUU